GGAAAAAUGACUGAUCAGAUUUCGAUGGAUGAUGCCGGGCCGCGGAAAUCGCGGGGACAGCAGAACGUGCACAACCAAUGGGAUACACUAAUGAAUCCGGAUAUCACGGAUCCUUUGGUCUUUAACAAUCGAACACCCACAUCGAUGCUGAGCCGCAAGGCCACUACCCUGGUGCUGCCGGACUUUUCACGCUUCACAUUGGCCAAUCUGGCAUCUCUGCCUUCGGACAGUGCCGGCGAUAUAGAGACCGCGCAAUCACAUGCCGUGGAUCAGCUGACAACGCCAGCGCCGAUCUCCAAGUACACAGAUCGUGUGGUGGACGAUAUACUGCAGCAGAUCUUUGAGGAGCGACGCGGCGACUUUACGGCAACAUCCUCGCACUGCGACCUGGCCGUUGUGAAGUGGGCCAAGUCCAAGAAGGAGCUGCAUGUCGAUGCGCGUCUCAAGUACUGGCGCGAGAUGAUGCAGCGACGCCGCAAGCUGCAGGUUCGAGUGCAGAAACUCACGGGCAAGAAUGCCGCCGAAGUGCUGUUCAAUCGACCCGCCACUCUGGAGAAUCGUAACGAGCAGACGGUGAAGCGUCUGCUGGAGUACGCGGAGCGCAUGAAGUGCCAGAAGCUGAUGGUGAAGACCGUGUCCGCGCUGCGAGAGUUCCGGGAUCCCUGCACGUGUACGAUCAUCCGGGAACUGCUCGAGACUCUGCCCAAGGCAGAACGCGAUGGCUACAAGGACGUGGAGAUCAUAGGCCUGCCAGAUGUGACCAAGCGAGAGCUUUUGGGCAGAGAGGCAAUGGGCCAGGAUCUGCCACGUGGCUGGCUAAAGUCCAACGUCCUGGAUGAGCGUCUCGAAAAGCGAUUCGGCCACAUUUGCAAUGUUCUCGACUUUUUCCCCGAUCUGGAUAACCUGCAGGUCACGGGCAUCAAUAUCGAGCGGCUCAGGCGUGUGCCAUCGACCACCUUUAUGGGUGCACCAUCCCUAAGGACCAUAACCAAUAGCUCAUCGUUGCCCUGCCACGAGGAGUGCGAAUACGAGUCGUAUACGGAGUAUCAAACGCCUUCCGUAGAGGCGGCCGAAGUACCGCAGCUGGGGCUGCGGAUCAACAAGAAGGACUACAUCCCAGGCGAAGGCGAUGAGGGUCUCAACGAGUGCUUUGAAAUACUGAUAAAGUUCUCCUGCGAUCCCUUCCAGCGCAGUGCCCAGCAUAUCCUGCAGCUGACCAACAUUGGCCAGCAGACGCUGUCCUUCGCGUGGAAACAGGGUGUCUACUACUACAAUCGGGGCUCCCUGCUGCUGGCCAAGGACAAUGAGUUCCUUUUCGACCUGGAUAGCUUUCGUUUGACCUACGGCGAGACCCGGAACAUCAUCGUAAUGUAUCAGCCACGAAAGGUGAGCAUGGCCGUGGAACUGUGGUUCUUAAGCGUGGACCCCAGGAUAUUCUGCAGCAACAAGGAGUCGCUGUUGGUCCGCUUACACGGCUGCUGUACCACCCCAAAGGAAUACAGGGCCAAGCUGAGGGAGCUCCGCUGCAUUCCCAUAUGCAAGGCGAACACCGAAGAAGUCAAUCAAUUGACCACAAGACUGGGCACAAUAUCGCCCUUGGUAGUGCCGCCGCCCGCCUGCUGUCCCUACGAUCGGACGUUGGAUGAACGGGAGAUCUUUAAUGCCUUGAAUCCGGGCCAUCAUUGCUGUCGUUUCGACGAUCUGGAGGUGCUCAAGGGUCUGCACCAGCAACUGAAGAAGCCACGUGAACGGCCAUGGGAUCUGCGGCUGGACACCAUCAAGGAGUACAUAAUGCGCAUCGAAACGUUGGAGGAUCGCGAGAAGCUCUUCAUCCUGUACAUGGAUAUCCUGGCCAAUAUGCUGGAGCCGUCGUGCAGCCUGGACGACAUCCGGCAGAUGGACACACAGAAGCAACGCUCGCGUUUCAUCUACGUCCGCGGCGUCAUCUGCAAUGGCAUCGAGGAGUGGGAGGAUCUCAUGUGCACCAUCGAGGAAUCGUUCUUUAAGCCAGAACUGCAGCGUUACUACAUCACUCUCUUGCAGCAGCUGCAGGAGGAGGAGGAGGGUGACGAGCCGGUUCAGGAUCUGAGUACAUUGACCACACUCUCACCCGCAGAUCUGGAGAAACUGCUCGAAGUCUAUGCCGAAGAAGAGCUGGACGAGGAGAAGAUCAAAUCCAUUGUGUUGUCAAAGCUCUACCAUUCGAAAUACUUUCGGGACACCCUCUUUAUACAGACCUACUCACAUUUGUGCAACAUAGCCGAAGAUAUUGUAUCUGUCAUCGAAAGCACAGAUGUUGUACCAAUAUAGAAACAUA